UUCGGGAGGGGCAAAGCGAUACCAUUAACACCUGAUUCAUCGAAUGCUGACCUACCCGGUGAAAUAUCGAACACAGGCAAAAUUGUCGUGAAAAAACGUAUUGCAAAAAUUGAAAAAACCGAUAGUAUACAAGUAUAUGACAAAGAAAGUAAUCGCAUGGUAAAUGGAAAAAUGAUGCAGCGCAAAAAGAAAGGUCGCUUGUACAGUUUAGGUGGUAAUGAGCCACCAAAACGUGCAGCACGAGGACGAUUGGAUCGUCUUAAAACGGUUGGCACAUUUGAUUUGGGCAAUGAGAUGGUGUUAAAUGAGGUGGCACAACAUUUGAACGAACAUAUCAAUUGUGAUGCAAUUGAUGAAAAUGGCGCUACACCAGAACGAAUCCAAGCACGAAGAAUGAGUGCAAAUGCUUUAUUGGCGAGUGGAGCAGUUGGUUUAGGUACUACAACUGAAUCACCCAUACCAUUCUCGGCCGAACAUAGAUUGAGCUAUACACCGGGUCCAUGUCGACGUGAAAUUCAAAAGGGUGGUCUGGCAAAAAGAAUGGCCAGCCGCGAUUCAAAGCAUCCAAGUGGUUCGGCUACACCGUCGCCAAGUACACGAAGACUUCAUACGGCAACACCGAAUAAUCAACCAAAUGUGCCAACCCAACAUUCGGCCGACGAUUGCUUUGAAAAAACGAAACCAUUUAUCGAUCACCGAAAAUCACGAAGCUCAAGUACAAGCACAAUUUUAUGUCGGGUCGAUGGCGAUCCAAAAUAUUUUCAAUCAGGUGCUGUAUACAAGUCAAAAUCACCAAUAAAACAUUUACCAGCAACAAAUUUUAUUAAAAAAAGCGAUUACAAAACCCGACCGAUGACCAAAAAUGUGGAGAGUAAUAUUGAUAAAACGCCAACACAAAGUGUUGACAUUGAGUCAACAUCAACAACGGCGACCGUUAUGAGAAAAGACGACAAUGGAAUUGUUCAUGAAACGGAAACCGUUGAGAUGAAAGAGAGUGGACAGGAGAAGAAUGAAAAUUUUUUGGAAAAAGGUGAAUCAGUUGAAACAGCUGCAUCAGAUAAAACUCAAACAUCUGCCGACGAUUCCAUCACUCAAGAGGAAAUAAUGAACGAAGAAUGUGCGUACAAGCCACGUAAACCAGUGUUAAGAAAAUCCAAGCGAAUUGUUCGAACCGAUUCGGAACUAUUUGACGAGGCUCAUUUUGGUACAAGUGAAGAGGGUGGUGUGCAACAAACAACAACACGCGUUCAAAUUCACAAUGAACCAUUGGUCUAUGAUGAGCCACAAUCAAGUCAACCGCUAAAUGUCCACCAUGAUGAUCGAAUGCGAAAAGAAAAUGUUCAAAAAGUCGAUGUACAAAAGGAGUCAAACGAUUUGAGUGAAACAUCAAUGGUACGUGAUCCAUUGAAAUCGACAACAACGAACAGUUCACGUAACAUAUCGGUCGAUGAGGCGGACACCGUGUUCUCCGAUUCGACAAACGACCUCGAGAAAAUGGAACGAGACUAUCGUGAAUUGGCCAGAUCAAAUUUGCAACGUGAAUACAAAAGUGAUGGUGACACAUUGGAUGAAGUGGGUAAAAAGCGAAACGAUUUUCAAAAUUGGAAAAACCAAAGCUUUGAAACAAACUUUGAAAGCUAUGGCCAACAAUCAUCGAUAGGUGGAAUUAGUCAAAGCGCUGAUUACAUGGAAGAUCCGGAUAAAAUUGAAGUGCUGGAACGACGGGAAAGUUUUGGUGCUGUAUUGAGUAUUAGCGAAGAUUUACCAAAUGCUGACAUUGAUGGUGAAGUGAUGCCAAAUGCCAAUUUAUCAGGCAUUUGUAGCCCAGCCAGUCAUGUGACCUGCAGCACAACAAACAGUAGCGACACAAGCUGCGCAAAACGUAUUAAGGAAAUUGCGAAUUUCUUUGCGCCUAUCGGUACCAAUUACUCCAAAGACAAUCUAUCACAACGUGAAAGUGAUGGAAGUACAUUAACCAGCCCAUUGAAAAUGGUAAAUAGUUCAAUGCAUCCAGUGUCACCAUGUCAACGGCCAACAAAAUUAGAUAUUCUUCAGACUGAAACACAAACAACGACCGCUAAUACAUCGACUACGGCUGCGGUGAUGGCGACGGUGACGGCGACAGCGGAAACAGCAGCAAGAGAGGGCACUUUCCUCAGCUUGUUUGAAAAACGUUUUGGUAAAUUGAAAAGAAUCAACAAACUAUUAAAAUCAAAACGCUUUAGUACAUCGGCAUUGUACGACAAGCCAAAGGAGCCAAUUAAAGCAACAUCCAUAGACAAUCCAACGCCGUCAACAUCUCAAGCACCGUCGACAUCAUUGGCUGCGGUUACCGUGACAGCGCAAGCUCAAGAAAAAGUCGAAUCCGCAUCAAAACUAUUUCGUUCACGUUUUAGCCCCGGUAAAUCGAGCACUUCGGAUUCAAAAAGCAGCGUCUACUCGUCAAAAUUGUCAUUAUUCAGUCAAAUUGCAAAUAAAAGUUCAAUAUUUCAUAAAAAAUCACCAAUGUUUUCAAAUUCAUCGCGUUCGAAUAACGAAUUAAAUAUACGCACAAAUAGUAAAACACGACUUAACGAAUUUUCGAAAUCAAAUUCUGAAAUUAAUAGAUAUAAAACGAGUCCGAUGCGAUUUAGUAUGAAACGUUCAAUGAAAGAGAAAAAACCGAACAGUUCAACAUGUGUGUAUACCGAACCAUGCCAUUCACCAUUAUCGGAAGAAUUUUAUAAUAAAACCGGAAGCGUUCGACUCAGUGCCGUUGAACUAUAUGAAAAAUUUUUGUCCGCAGAUUUUGUCGGUUUAUACAAGCAAGAGCCAUUGACCACAGACGAUUUGAAUGGAACAUAUGAUAGUCAUUAUGAUUAUCGUAAACGAUAUCAACGUAGUAAAAAUGCUCGUUUACUUAAACAGAAAAGCGAACCAAAAUUCACAUUCAGAGGCGAUCCAGCCGAUUAUGAUCCAAGAGAAGAGGAUGAAGAUUAUUAUGAAGAGGAAUAUUCGGGUGAUUUUUCCGAUGGAUAUGAAGGCGAAGAAUGCGAAUAUGAAGAUGAAUACGAAAUGGAAGACAUGGAAGAAAUGGAUGAAAUGGAGGAAAUGGAUAUGGAAGAAGAGAGGGAUGAUGACCAGAGAGCAUAUCAGUCGGAUAGAGAAAGUGAUGUUGAUGAAAUAUUUUUAAUGCCUGAAGGUGGAAAAUGCGGUGACUAUGAAUAUGAACAGUAUGGAUUUGAGAAUAAACAUUUUUCAUUGGAGCAUUCAAUGGUUGGUCAUCUAUCGGUGGCCGAACAUGAUUUAAGUGUUAUCGAUGAAAUUCCAUAUUUGGAUGAUGUAGUGCAGCCAGAAUUUGCAUACGUGACCGAACAAACGCAUGAAUGUGAUGAAGUUUUAACCAUUUAUAAAAUAUGUUCGGCCGACGAUUUAUUAACGGUUAAGGAGGAACCAACCGAAGAAGAAGAAGAAGAAACAAUUCAACCAUUAUCACAAUGUCUGUCGACAUCUGAUCACACGGAACCCGGUUGCAGUUCCGUUGAGCAUGCAUUAAAUGAAUACAUAAAGAAUGCACCAUCUGACAUAUCUAUAAAUAUUGAAUCGAGCGAUCUUAAAACUGACAUAUGUACCGUUAUUGAACGUGCCGAUUCGAUGGAAUCGUUGCGAUUGAGCGGUUCAAGUGGAACAAUUCAAUCGGGCAGCACUGUAACGGGCUAUGAUUUUGAUACGGUAAAAAAUCUUAAUCUGGACAGUUGCAGCACAUCAAAGCUGAGCCUAUCGCUGAAAAGUGAAGGUUUCGAUGAGUUUACACUUACACCCGAUGAACCGAAAAGGGUGCGAAAUUGUGAUGUUGAAGAUUUUACACUAACACCAGAAGCAUCAUGCAAUGAAAUUGUACCUGCGGUAAUUGCGUCGUCGAUAACGGAUGAAGGUGAUGGUGUUGAACAUGAAAAUGCUAAUAUUGGUGUAACGAUGACUGAAGAAAAGCCAGAAAGUGAUUUACAUCAAAUUGAAACACAACGAUCCGAUCGGGAAUUGGACGGCGAAACACCACAAUCGGAAAUUGUUCCAUCGGAAUUAAAUGCCAAAACUGAUGACGAAUCAAUUUCAAGCAAUGAAGUUGUGAUGAUUGUUGACAAAUUUUUGGCCGGUGAACGAUUGCUACAACAAAAUUUAAGCAUAAUACCAAUUGAUCCGAAAACAUUUACGAGCCCAAUAAUAUCGCCAAUCGAUUCCGAUGAUGCAUCGUCAACAAAUGCACUGAUUGAAAAGCAAAAAUCGAUUCUAUUCAAUUUACAGAGCAGCAGUAGCAAAUCAACUUUAGACGAUGCUGUUGAUUUGGAGAAAAUCAAUUUCGACGAAGAUUACGAUACGGAUGCAAAAGAAAAAGAAGAAAUAUCAACAUUUACAACUGAAUUGACGAAAGAAUUUGAUUUGUUAUUCACUCGAGCCGAAAAUGAAGCUUUACAGAAGCAGCAGCAGCAGCAGCAGUUGCAUCAACAAUCAUCGUCAUCGAUAAGCGGCGGUGGUGGUGGUGGCAGCAACAUUGUAACACCAAAAUAUGACACACAUUUUAGGAAAAUGGAUAUCAAAACACAAAUAACGCCCACAAAUUUACCAAUGACAUCAUCGACAACAAAAGGCAGUCAAAUGAUUGGCGAAUCGGAUUCAUCUUCAACACCAAAGUCACAUACACCGGCACCAACACGUUUACCAACCAGAUAUUCUAUGCAAAAACUUGAACCGUAUUUUUUUUCCGACGAUGUCACCGGCACCAAUGACCAAAAUGUUGCAAAAACAGUGAAUCCAACUAAAAAUACGGACACAUCAUCAACUGCACCAAAUGCAAAUGUUAAUACAUCGGCUGCAGUCGAUUCGAAAAGUGAUAACUGCAAAGUACUUGAUACGCAUGACAAUUCGUCAUUUUUACAGAAGAAAAUUCUAUCCAAAUUAAAAAAGAAUAAAAGUCAGUCGUUAGGCAAUUUGAAUAAGAAAAGUCGCUGUUUUCCAUUGUAACAACGGCAUUUACAUUUCAGUUGAGUUGAUUUAUUAUUCUUAUUUAUUUAUCAUUCGGUUAAUUAUAGUUAAAACUGUGUGAUUACUUUUAUUAGUUUUAUCAAUUUGUGCGUAAAGCGUUGUCGCAUUUUCAAAUAAAAUGACAAACCGUCUACGCCCCCCCGUACAUAAAUUAAGUGUCAAUUUUUGCA